AUGUUGAGUCGUUGGAAGAGUAAAGACAAGUCAGAGAAAUCCGGCAAGUCUUCUAGCAGCAAGAAGAAGCGGAAAGGAAGAGAAAAUGGAGAAGAUUGGCAAGCGGAUGGAAGAAUUGACGGCGGCCUCUCUGAUGGGGAAGCAACUAGAGCAGCGCCACGAAGCCGAUCGUCACGUCGAGAUGACCCUAGACGCCACACUCUUGCCGGAAAUCAUUUAUAUCUUCAUCCUCAUCAUCAGGGAGAUAUUAACAAUGCGGAUCUUGAACCACAUAUUCAGUCGCCAGUAAGUGUAGCUGAUUACGACAAUUUCCCUAUAGACUUGAGGCACGAACGACUUAUAGACCUACGUUGCAGAAAGCCACCAUUACCAAGAGGCUAUCUCCCACAAACUCUAUACUAUGAUGAAGACCCCGGUGUCAUGUCAGAGGUUGAAACAUCAUCUACUGGAUUUAGACGAGGGGGAAAGCAAAGAUCGUCUCUACCUGUUGUGCGGACACCCAGUAAAACACUCGAACGACCUUUAGGUCUAGUAUUUUUACAAUACCGCAAUGAAACGAAACGGGCCCUCCUGCCGAAUGAAAUAACAUCUCUUGAUACCGUCAAAGCCUUGUUUGUACGAAGUUUUCCGAAGCAGCUAACAAUGGACUAUUUAGAUAGUCCAUUGGUCAAAGUCUACAUCCAUGACAGCUCAAAGGAUAUGUUUUAUGAAUUAGAAGACCAUAGGGCUCAUCUUCGUGACAUACGUGACCGGUCUGUUCUUCGACUUUUCGAAUCUAAGGAUUUGAAUGGCGGCGUUUUUCCUGGGGCACUGGGGGUGGGCUCGGUUCGACUGCCGGCGCUAGCUGCAACAAGUUCCUCCACAGCAAAUUUAGAGGACCAAAGCACCUACUUCAGUGAACCUGAGAUAGACUCCGAUCAUAUUCACAACAUUCAUAAGACAAAGGUAAGAUAA